AUGACGCUCCGGGAUUGGUGGAGAGAGCACAAGCAUGACCUGCGAACGGUCAUCACCGUGGAACCGCUUACGUUCUUAUUCACGAUAUCUUUGUUUCUCACUUUUCCAGCUUCACAGGCGCUGUACAUCCAGAAAAUAUGCCUGGCUAAGUAUAAAGAUGACGUUGUAUGCAGUAACCUGAGCGCAUACCAUGUACAGCAAGACUAUGUCCAGACGGAAACCUCGAAGUUCUUUCUGUACAGCAUCAGUGUAGAUACCUUGCUGGCCAUGGGGUCGGCUUUGUUCAUGGGCUCCUGGGGAGACAAGAUAAAUCGCAAGAUCCCCAUGAUCCUGCCUAUCACUGGACAAAUCCUGGCCAAUGUCAACUAUUUUAUCAAUUCGUUCAACCCGGACUGGCCCGUCCCCGUGCUUCUGAUCAGCCCUGUGUUCGCGGGCACCAUGGGGGGAUUUGCCACCUACCUUCUCUCCGUGUUCAGUUACGUCUCUGUAGUGUCUCAGGGCGCCAAAGAACGCAUAAUCCGCCUCAGCAUAACUGAGGGUAUCCUCCAACUAGGCGCAGCUGUAGCCCUGGUCAUAUCAGGACCGCUAGUAGAGCGCCUUGGGUUCUCUGUCACCUUCGGGGUAUCCGUCGCAAGCGCCACGCUAUCUUUGCUCUAUACUGUCUUCUGGAUCAGGGACCCAGCGCUAAAAACAAAGAAUACAGACGAUGAAGGCGAAGAGAAGAAACGUUCCUUGUGUUCAAAGUUGUUUGAAUGCAGCCACAUCAUAGAAUCCGUGAAAUGUUACUUUAAAGUGCGGAAGGGAUAUCGCAGAUUUGUGCUGUGGUCAUGUUUGGUGAUAUUCAUGGUGAUUAUGGUGACUGUCGGAGGUAAGGAGGGGAUAUGA